GAAGUCAUCAAACUGCGACACAGACGCGCCGCGGUGCCGUACAAUAGGCGUGACUUUAAUGCAGCAUGAGUUUGUUCGGAACGGCUUCCAGUUUUGGAACAGGAGGGACUGGUGUUUUUGGAGGCACGACAACUGACAGCCACAAUCCCAUGAAGGAUGUUGAAGUGACCUCGCCUCCAGAUGACAGCAUCAGCUGUCUGGCUUUCAGUCCUCCAACCAUGCCAGGAAACUUUCUUAUUGCAGGAUCCUGGGCUAAUGAUGUCCGAUGUUGGGAGGUGCAGGACAACGGUCAGACAGUCCCCAAAGCCCAGCAGAUGCACACAGGUCCGGUGCUGGAUGUCUGCUGGAGCGAUGAUGGUAGUAAAGUAUUCACUGCUUCGUGUGACAAGACAGCUAAGAUGUGGGAUCUUAACAGCAAUCAAGCGAUGCAGAUUGCACAGCACGAUGGUCCAAUUAAAUCAAUCCACUGGAUAAAAGCCCCAACCUACAGCUGUGUCAUGACCGGCAGUUGGGAUAAAACAUUAAAGUUUUGGGACACCCGCUCUCCUAAUCCCAUGAUGUCCCUGCAGAUGCCUGAGAGAUGCUACUGUGCCGAUGUUGUGUACCCCAUGGCAGUGGUAGCCACAGCUGAAAGAGGCCUUAUAGUGUACCAGUUAGAGAACCAGCCUUCUGAGUUUCGCAGAAUAGACUCCCCUCUCAAACAUCAGCACCGCUGUGUUGCCAUAUUUAAGGACAAGCAGAACAAGCCAACAGGUUUUGCACUGGGAAGCAUUGAGGGCAGAGUGGCAAUCCACUACAUCAAUCCGCCAAACCCAGCCAAAGAUAACUUCACCUUCAAGUGCCACAGGUCCAAUGGAACCAACACAACCACUCCACAGGACAUUUAUGCUGUCAAUGCCAUCUCCUUCCAUCCUGUCCACGGCACGUUGGCCACCGUGGGCUCAGACGGACGCUUCAGCUUCUGGGACAAAGACGCCCGCACCAAGCUGAAGACCUCUGAGCAGCUUGACCAGCCUAUCACAGCUUGCUGCUUCAACCAUAAUGGCAACAUCUUUGCAUACGCCUCGAGCUACGACUGGUCAAAGGGCCAUGAGUACUACAACCCCCAGAAAAAGAACUACAUCUUUUUGAGGAACGCUGCUGAGGAGCUGAAGCCUCGGAACAAGAAAUGAUUCAUCGUGCCCCGUCGUACCUCUUGUGGGGACUUGCGGAAGACCAGCUGCUUUAGUGUGCGUGUAUGCGUUCGAGACAUACUCCUUCCUUUCGACAGACGUCUGGACCAAUGCUGUGGCUCUCUGGUGCCAUGCAUGGUCAACCCAUGUUGAUGUUGCAUGAUAGCUGGCCUUUAAAGUCUUCAUAGAAGGGGAGGGUUUUAUUUGUUAAUCUUUAUUUUUUUAUUUUUUUAUUUGACAGUUAUAAUGUUUCCAAGUUUUUGUUUUUUUCCCACAACUUCCAAAAAGUUUUUUGUUUUUUUUUCCUGUAAUUUGCUGUUACUUAUUGUCACAUUAAAGAUAUUGGGAUGUAAAAUAAAUUAAGUGCAUACUCUUAGAUCUGAAGAUGUUGGUUCGUUUUCAAAAAUGACCUAAAGGAUCUCUGUAAGGUUCUGUGUUGGGAGAUUACAGAACUGUUAUGCACGCAAAGGUAUCACCUGCGGACUUGACCAGUAUUUCAGCUCACAUUUAAAUGAUAAAUGUUUUAACCACU